AUGUGCAGCGACUCGGGCUCGGACUCAAACGGGUGGACAAAGGCCCGCGGUGUGGUACUGAAAACGUUGGUCCUAGUCGGCGACGCGUUGUUGCUGAAGCGUCUCACCAAGUCCACCACUCGCUGGGACCACACGCGCAUCGUCGCUGACUCGCUCGCCGGCUAUAAGUUUUCCGGAGAGCAAGCUGCGAGGGACCCAGACAAUGAUUUCAAUUUAAGAUGGCUUUCGUGCCCGGCAGCAGAAAUGGCGGAUGGUUCAGGGUUUUUUUUUCUUGGACAGGCAUUCUCGAGAACUCCUCGCAAACCAUUUAGGCAGCUUAAGUUAAUGAUAAAUCCCUGGCUCACUGGACAGCUUAGUACCUAUGCAGUCCGGGAUUCUGAGGAAUACAAGAACUUCUGUGAUCGACGAAAGGACCAAAGGCCACAGCCUGAAGAAGUAUAUGAGGACAUUGCAGAGCAUUUGACCACCAUUUACCUCAAACGAUGCGAUCGAGGCAAACGCUGUUUGUAUGAAGGCUCGACUCCUCCAGAUGGAUUUCCUAAUACAUGGAAUGGAGCAUCAAUCUGUAAAUCCGAACUCACGGUUUUGAAGAACAGCGAAAUACACACAUGGGACAGAGGUUAUGAUGAGAAUGGGAAUCAAAUUUGGGGAGGAAAGGAUGGACCCUAUGAGUUUAAACCUGCUCCAGAGUCGAGUUACAGCGAUCCAUUUUCGUCAUUAACUUUUCAACCGCAACUCAUGGAGAAAAUGAUUGACGGUUCGUUUGUUCUCCAAGAAUGA